AUGGCGUGGGGUUAUUGGUCGGCUUCGUCGGUGCUCCCCGAUCGUGGCAGAAGUCCGAGACGGGCAGGCACUUCGGCGGUACACGUCCACCCAAACCCGCCGACGGCCAGAGAAGUGAUGGAAACGCACGACGAGAGUAUCAUACAUACAGCGUCGACAUCCCGCGACAGUCGUGAUCACUCUGCGUCGCCUCACUCCUCAUCCAACGGUGGACACUCACACCACCAGCACGAGAUACGCCACGCUGUGCCUGCAAGCGCACUGUUUGGCGAGAGCUACGGUGAACUGUCCCGACGGCCAUCCCUCGAUCUGGGAUCAGUGCGUAGUGCGUUAGCGUCUUGUUCAGGAGGUGGAACAUUAAGUGCUGGUUCUACAUUGACGCGUGGUGGGACGUUAGCAGAUUACUUGCCGCCAACGCCAUGUCCUCAUCACCAUCGUGUAUACGUAGACCAUCACAAACAUUACGAGCAACCAAUACAGCCGGUUCACGUAGGCGUGGCACACCACUCCCACUCGCACGCCUCCAGCAGGCACCACACCGACGAUGAGGACGACCUAGAACCAGCCUACGCUACAGGUACGUAA